AUGCACAAUAUCCUGGCAUAUUUAUUGUUUGAAGCCUCAAGUAGAUUUCGUCAUCUUUCUCAUCAAGGGAUUCCCAGAUCGAACAAACGGACCUCAUCUCCGUGA